AUGGCGGACGCACUCCUCUCCGCUUCACUUAAAGUUCUAUUCGACAGGUUGGCUUCUCCGGAGCUCGUCAACUUCAUCCGGGCACAAAAGCUCAGCCAUGAACUCCUCAACAAAUUGGAGAGGAAAUUGCUGGUUGUCCACAAAGUGCUCAAUGAUGCGGAGAUGAAGCAAUUUUCAGACUCACUAGUCAAAGACUGGCUGGUUCAGGUUAAGGAUGUUGCGUAUCAUGCGGAGGACCUGUUGGACGAGAUCGCUACUGAAGCCUUGCGGUGCGAGAUCGAAGCUUCUGAUUCCCAAGCUAGCGGAACUCAUAAGGCGUGGAACUGGGAAAAGGUCUCUACUUGGGUUAAGGUUCCAUUUGCUAAUCAAAGCAUAAAGUCCAGGGUCAUGGGCUUGAUUACUGUACUUGAAAACAUUGCACAAGAAAAAGUUGAGUUUGGGCUGAAAGAAGGCGAGGGUGAGGAACUGUCACCAAGACCACCAUCCACUUCUCUGGUGGACGAGUCCUCUGUGUACGGCAGGAAUGAAAUUAAGGAGGAGAUGGUGAAAUGGUUGCUUUCUGAUAAGGAAAAUUCAACAGGCAACAACGUAGAUGUGAUGUCCAUAGUGGGCAUGGGCGGCAGCGGCAAGACCACACUCGCUCAGCUUCUCUAUAACCAUGACACGGUCAAGCAACACUUCCACUUGAAAGCAUGGGUCUGUGUUUCCACUGAGAUUUUUCUCAUCAAGGAGGUGACAAAAUCAAUUCUCAAGGAAAUCAGUUCUGAAACUAAACCUGAUGACACCCUAAAUUUGCUUCAGCUUAAACUCAAAGAGAGAGUAGGUAACAAGAAAUUUCUUCUUGUUCUGGACGACGUAUGGGAUAUGAAGUCUCUUCAUUGGGAUGGCCUACGAAUUCCACUCCUCACUGCAGCAGAGGGAAGCAAGAUCGUUGUGACUAGUCGUAGUGAAACUGCUGCAAAAAUCAUGCGAGCGGUCCCUACUCAUCAUCUGGGGACAUUAAGCCCUCAAGAUAGUUGGUCCCUAUUUACAAAACUUGCAUUUCCAAACGGACACUCCAGCGCUUAUCGACAGCUUGAACCCAUAGGGAGAAAGAUUGUGGACAAGUGCCAAGGAUUGCCUUUGGCUGUUAAAGCACUCGGAAGCCUCUUGUACUACAAGGCCGAAAAAAGAGAAUGGGAAGAUAUUUUGAAUAGCGAAACGUGGCAUUCCCAAACUGAUCAUGAAAUUCUUCCGUCUCUUAGAUUGAGUUAUCAUCAUCUCUCUCCUCCUGUGAAGCGUUGUUUUGCUUACUGUUCAAUUUUUCCCAAGGAUUAUGAAUUUGACAAAGAGAAGCUGAUUCUAUUAUGGAUGGCAGAAGGGCUUUUACACUCAGGACAAAGUAACAGAAGAAUGGAAGAGUCCAUAUUAAUGUUUAUACGGGGAAAGGAGAAAGAUGACUUCAUCACCGGAGCUUCGGCGGCACCAGAAACCACAGCAUCAACCUACAAAAAGUGGAUAGCAGAAAAUAAUAUGGUCAUGUCCUGGCUAGUCAACUCUAUGACCGCUGACAUUGGUGAAAAUUUUCUGUCAUUUGAUACUGCCAAAGAAAUCUGGGACACUGCAAAAGAAACUUUCUCAGACAAGGAAAACACAUCUGAAAUCAUCCAGAUUGAAGGCAUCCUCCACGAUUUGCGUCAAGGGAACCUUACGGUAACUGAAUAUUUCAAUACUCUUACUCGUCUAUGGCGUCAACUUGAUACGUUUGAGGUUCAUAACUGGAAUUGUGUUACAGAUGGUUUUUUGUAUAAAAAGAUUGUCGAAGGGAAACGUGUGUUUAAAUUUUUGUUAGGUUUGAACAAAAAUCUUGAUGAAAUCAGAGGAAGAAUCAUGGGAGUAAAACCCCUACCUAGCCUCAGAGAGGCAUUCUCUGAAGUCCGUCGCGAAGAAAGUCGGAAAAAUCUCAUGAUGGGAUCCCAUCAACAACUAAAUAUGGCAGAAAGCUCGGCUCUUAAGACUCAAUUCGCUCCUUUUGACAACCGUCAAAAAAUUAAAGGAGGUAGACCUUGGUGUGAUCAUUGCAGAAAGCCGGGACACUCAAGAGAAACUUGCUGGAAGAUUCAUGGAAAGCCAGUAGAUUGGAAGCCACGUCAACCACUUGAGAAAGAAGGACGAGGCAAUCAUGUGGCUACCGAUGAACAAUCGCCACAACCUGAAGCUAGCCCUUUUAAUAAGGAGCAAAUGGAGAUGCUUCAGAAACUACUGUCUCCUCUUUUGUCAGUACAGUCACAAAUUGGCUCAUCUUCCAACCAGGUCAUUGGUUCCGGAACCUUGGCUCACAAAGUCCGAAUAGCAGAUGGUUCACUAUCAAAGGUUGCCGAAACAGGUUCAGUUGUGCUAUCAAGGGAUCUUACUCUCAACUCUGUUCUCCUUGUUCCUAACUUGGACUCGAUAUCUGGGGUCCGUCAAGAAUAA